UGCAUUAAUAAUGAGGCGGUGGAAUACAGCAACUUACGAAAGGACCCAAAACAAAUAAUCCACUAGGCCGUAGCUGGGAGAUGAUGUGUAUCCCAUGGUCGGCAUGCCGUGCAAAUUUGUCCCCGGGGUUUAUGCGGCUCCGCGGCCCACGCCAUCCCACCGCCCUCCAAGCGCAUUCAAGACCGUCGUUCGGUCCUGCUCUCUGCACACGAGCGCAAACGUUUUGAGAACGUCAUCAAACUCUGGGAUUGGAGACUCCUUUCCUUGGAUUUCUGGGGCCGUGAAAUGGGAAGGAAAUGGCACGCCGUCGCGGCACUGGGCAUGGCGUACGCUGUCGCCGCCGCCGUCGCGGAUGGCGACAAGGGCCUCUCCUUCGCCGGCACCGUUGCAGGGCCGGAGGAAGCGAGCUCCCCGCGCAAGCUGGCCAGCUUGUACGGAACCACUUAUCACCACGUCUGGCCGCCCAUGAAAUUUGGAUGGCGAAUUGUGUUAGGGUCAUUCAUUGGAUUCUUCGGGGCAGCAUUUGGCAGCGUUGGUGGAGUAGGCGGAGGCGGGAUCUUUGUUCCAAUGCUAACGUUGAUCAUUGGCUUUGAUCCGAAGUCAUCAGCAGCCAUGUCAAAAUGUAUGAUCACGGGAGCUGCUGUUUCAACCGUGUAUUGCAAUCUCAAGCUGAAACACCCAACUUUGGACAUGCCAAUGAUAGACUAUGAUCUAGCCCUCCUGAUACAGCCCAUGCUCAUGAUGGGGGUUAGCAUUGGGGUUAUCUGCAAUGUGAUAUUCCCCGAGUGGCUUGUCACAAUCCUCUUGAUCAUCCUCUUUCUAGUUACUGCGAUUAAAGCUUUUCUGAAGGGUGUUGAAGCAUGGAAGAAAGAGACAAUGAUAAGAAGGGUUUGGUACAUUUUUCGUAUGUUUUUUUGCGGUACAUAUCUUUUAAGGAUGCUAACAUGUUACUCAUUUCAGGAGGCAAAGGCAAAACAACUAGAGAAAUCUAAUGAAGAUACUAGAUAUACGCCACCGCCUAUAGGACCCGAUCCUGCAGCUGAGACAAAAAAACCAACAGAUGAAGCGGUAUCCAUUUGGAAGAACAUUUACUGGAAGGAGUUUGGCCUUCUGGCCUCCGUUUGGGUAGCAUUCCUUACACUUCAAGUCACCAAGACAAUGGCAAAGGAUGGACAUAAUUUAAGGUGGGGUGAGCUCCAUCACUUGCCCAGCUCGGCCAACAAAAAGAUGAUCCAACAUCCCAGACUACAAGACUGCUUCCUCACCGUUUCACUUCCCCUAUCAAACAACUACGUGGCAACUUGUUCCACAUGGUACUGGGUUUUGACCGUACUCCAGAUCCCGGUGUCAGUUGGAGUGUCCAUGUACCAGGCAGCAAGUUUGGUGCAGGGGAAGAGGGCGCUAUCAUCAAGAGCAAAUAACCAGACCAGCCCGAAAGCUCAUCAGAUAUUAGUAUACUGCUUCUUUGGUGUCACCGCCGGUGUCCUCGCCGGUCUGCUUGGGGUCGGUGGGGGCGUCGUCAUGGGGCCUCUCUUCCUGGAGCUCGGUAUCCAUCCGCAGGUCUCAAGUGCGACGGCCAGCUUUGCGAUGAUGUUCUCAUCUUCCAUGGCGGCCGUGGAAUACUACCUGCUGAAACGGUUCCCUGUACCAUACGCUCUCUUCUUCACUAGCCUGACAUUUGUUGCCGCGAUUGUUGGCCAGCGGGUCGCAAGGAAGCUGGUCAAUUGGCUAGGGCGGGCAUCAUUUAUCAUCUUCAUAUUGUCCUCCAUGAUCUUCGUCAGCGCGAUUUCUCUAGGUGGAGUCGGCAUCUCCAAGACGACUCACAAGAUGGCGCGGCACGAAUACAUGGGAUUCGGCAACAUUUGCAACUAUCAUGCGUAGGAAGCACACAUACAAGAACAGCGUGAUGAUUGUGCAGUUUCAGUGGAUGGAAUGCUGUGAUGUUUGCUUGCAGAUGCCAAGUUGAACCACAAGGCCAGGAGAUAAGAAUUCCAGCCAGUACCUUCCAACGUACGAGUUGUAUUUGCUAGUCACCAAAUGUAAAUGUACCUUCAGAUGGAUAAACCGUAAUUCUUAAUAGAUUUAUGCCAUUUCUGACUUC